UGGCUCAUGAAAGCCGAACCAGAACCCCGCAUCGAAAAAGGUCAGGACGUAAAAUUCUCCAUCGAUGACCUCGAACGCCUCCGUACCUCAACCUGGGAAGGAGUCCGAAACCACGAAGCGAAGAAGAACAUGCAGCGCAUGCGCCUCGGCGACCUUGCCUUUUUAUACCACUCAAACUGCAAAGAACCAGGAAUCGCGGGUGUGAUGAAGAUCUGUACGGAAGGGUAUCCGGAUUUCACGGCGUGGGAUAAGAGUCAUCCGUAUUUUGAUGCGAAGACAAAGGAAGAGAGUCCGGUUUGGCAUAUGGUUGAUGUGGAGUUUGAGAGGAGGAUGGAGCGGUUCGUGUCGCUGAAGGAGUUGAGAGAGUAUGGGGAUAAGGAGUUGAAGGGUUUGGCGUUAUUAAGGAGGAGUCAGUUGAGUGUGAGCCCAGUGAGUAGGGAAGAAUGGGAGUUUAUCAUGGAGUUAGAAAAGAAG